AAGAAAGCUAGCUGUCCACUGCCUUUUGCCUCCUCUCUUUACUUUUCUUUUUAAAAAAACUUCACUCUUCCAAACACAAUUUCAAUACAAAAAAGAACACCAAACAUCAUUAUUCUUAUUGUUCAUCAAAUCUCAAGAUUUCAAAAAAAUCCAAGUAACUCAAACAAACAUUCAACAUGAAAGGUAUUAGAAAGUGUAAAGAAGCUCCUUCAACAGAUUUAUUAGUCUGUUUUCCUUCAAGAGCUCAUCUAACACUUAUGCCAAGUCCAGCCUCUCAUCAUCACCAUUUAAAAAGAUCAAACACAAGAGGUAUUGGACCUGCUGGCCAAGCUAGUCCUAUGUUAUGGAAAAGGACUGAGAUUUCUGAGCCAACAUCACCAAAAGUCACUUGUGCUGGACAAAUCAAAGUAAGACACAAGCCGAAAACAUGUAAGAUCAAGAAUUGGCAAUCAGUAAUGGAAGAGAUUGAGAAGUUACAUGUUAAGAAGCAAAAAAAGAAAAAACUUGUUUGGAAUAUGGAAGGUGUUGGAUUCAAGAAAGACGCGAUGCAGUUGUUGACAUGUUUGAGGAAUAUAAGAUUUGAUUUUCGAUGUUUUGGAUCGUUUCAUACUGAUGAAACAGAUGUUAUCACUUCUGAUGGUGAAGACGAAGAUCAGGAAGAUGAAGAAGAAAAUGAUGAUGAAGCGAAAACAGCAUCAAGAACUGUUUUCUCUAAGUGGUUUAUGGUUUUACAAGAAAACCAAAAAACAGAGGAAACAGAGCAUGCCAAAAAAACAGAGGAAACAGAGUACUCUGUUUUUGGUCAUAAUGAUGUUCCACCACCAAACGCACUUUUGCUUAUGCGUUGUCGCUCUGCUCCAGCAAAAGGUUUGCUGGAGCAGAAACACAAAGACAACGACAAUGAUGAUGAUCAACGAAAGAAUGAAAAAUCAAGAACGGAGAAUAAUAAGAAGAAGAAAAGCUUAGUAGUGAUGAGAUAUGGGAGUGAUUUCUACAAAUUUUCAUCUGAUAUAUCAAAAGAAAAUUGGGUUGUGGGUGGAAUUAAAGAUCCAUUUUCAAGAAGUCGAAGUUCGAAGAGGUAAUUAACAUUCAAGAUGAUCAAAUUUCAAGGUCAUUUCUCUUUGGCCAAUAUAGCAGGAUCAAUAGUGUUCUCACUUAUCCUCCAAUACGUGACUUGAAUCUUCAACCUACCGACCACUUAUCCUUCAGUAUGACUUGAAUCUUCAACCUAUCGAUCAAUGAUGGAGAUGUUCAACCACUAGAGCUAGCUUCUUUGGCCAAAUAUCCCCACUUUUGUUCUCAAUUUUCCUUGAAGUUUCUUCAAAUACUAGCAUUUAAAUUUUUGAUGUUUGAAUUUAUCUUUUUGUAAUGUGUACGUAGAUGUGUAAUUUUGUAUAGUACGUUUUCCCCCGCUUAUCUCUGGUUGUUUACUCAAACAAUAUACAAUCUUAGGAUAUAUUUUUAAUGGAGAAGAUUUACAAAUGUACUUUUGUGUUUGGACAUUUUGAUUUCG